AUGUCUUCCAACACGUCUCCUUCAAGGCCGGCCUCUCCUGUACGAGAUGGACAACCUGGCCCCAGUCGAGCAUAUCAAAAUCAGCUCAGUCCAAUUAUCACCGUCACCACUCCGCGUGAAAAGAAGAAGAAGGUCGGCUGGGCGGGCAGUGCUGAAGAUCGAUCUCCUCCGAAGGAAGGCGACUAUUUCUCGCAUAUCCCCGUGGCCGACUCUCGCGCCAGCACACCCGGUCUCCCAGAUGCCGCCAUAACCAGCCCCGCCCGCAGAGACUCCUUCGACAAAGAAGAGGUCACGAACGCACUGGAAAGGAUUCUGAAAGUAGAGGAUCACGCCGGCCCGCAAAAGCCCAGCAUGCCACUUCCCAACCUGCGCUUGCCCAAGCCGGUGCUACGGAAACAACACCGUCCCGAGAACCCCUCCGAACCAAUCGAAGGACUGUCCCAUCCAUCCGAGAUUGAAGCAAGGCACAGGGCAGGUAGACUGGCCGAGAGUGUGUCUGGCGUGAAUUCAAGGGCUUCACCCGAUGACUCGCCACUCAUGGGCAACUUCGACGACAUCGGCCUGUUGAACGGGAUGGAAACACGCGACCACGCUGCAUCUACAGGAGCCGCGACGUUAGAGGACGACAUAGACCAAUCGGGUCUCAAGUUCCGCCAAAAGGUCGAAGCAGACGCAGAUAGACUUAUACGAAGUCAUACAAAACGCCGUGCGGCCAGGGGCGCCCCAAUUCCAAUUGCACAAACCCCGGAUAUCGAGGGAAUCCGGUCAGGCACCACUACACCAGUGGCGUACGACCUCGAGUUUGUCCCACCUGCUCCCACCAACUACCACGGAGGUAUCCUGGGAACACUACUCAAGUUGUACAAUGCAGAGGACCGGAACGGCAGCGGCGAAGGCAGCGGCACAACCACCCCGGCGCGGACCCCCAACAGGACUCCCCGCCCUUCACCUCCGAGCACGGCCCCAGGUACGCCCAGACCAGAGCGCCCACGCAGCGGACUAUUUGGCUUGGGAUCUCGCAACUCGGCGUCCACGCUUGCCGAACUGAUCGGCUCGUCAUCCACUCUUGCGGCCCCGGCGACUUCCAACAAGGACUGGUCCGAGAUCGUGACAGACAAGCUGAAGCGGGAGCGAGCCGAGCGUGAGCGUGAGCAGCGCCCGAAGAAGGAGCACAAGCGCAAGCCUUCUAAGACACCCCAGCAGAAGGUGGACCAACUUCUGAUCAAGAAGCACAUCGCUGAAAUCAUCAGCCGACACAAAUAUAUGGUGAAGCUAUGUCGUGCUUUAAUGGAGUUUGGUGCUCCAACACACAGACUAGAGGCCUACAUGGCCAUGUCCGCUAGGGUUCUGGCAAUUGAAGGACAGUUCCUCUACCUCCCUGGCUGUAUGAUUAUUUCAUUUGACGACAAACAAACCCACACAACCGAGGUCAAAAUUGUUCGCGUACCACAGGGCGUUGACUUGGGCAAGCUACGAGACGUCCACGAGAUCUACAAGCUGGUCGUCCACGAUCUCAUCGGCGUCGAUGAGGCGAUGUUCCGGCUGGAUGCGGUUGUCACCAGGAAGCACAAGUACAACAAGUGGGUUCGCGUGGUGACGUAUGGUUUAGCUGCUGUUUGUGUUGCUCCCUUUGCUUUCGAGGGCAGAUGGAUUGAUAUGCCUAUUGCUUUUGUCAUGGGCUGUAUGGUGGGCCUGAUGCAGCUUAUUAUGGCACCCUCGAGCGAGCUCUACGCCAAUGUUUUCGAAACCUCGGCAGCUUUGCUCAUGGCUUUCCUAGGAAGGAUGUUUGGGUCAAUCCAGUACAAGGGAGAGAACUUGUUCUGCUUUUCAGCUCUCUCACAGUCCUCUAUUGCACUCAUUCUCCCGGGAUACAUGGUCCUCUGCGGAAGUCUUGAGCUUCAGAGCCACAACAUGAUCGCCGGUUCUGUGCGCAUGGUGUAUGCCAUGAUUUACACACUAUUCCUCGGCUACGGCGUUACAAUUGGGGCAGUCCUCUACGGUCUCAUGGACAAGAACGCUACGAGCUCAACCUCAUGUUCCAACCCCCUCAACAGCUACUGGAACUUGUUAUUCGUACCGCUCUUCACACUUUGUCUAUGUGUCAUCAACCAGGCAAAGUACAAGCAGCUUCCCGUCAUGCUCACAAUCUCCUUUGCUGGGUACGUUGUCAACAGCUACACAAACAAAUACUUGGACUCAUCUACUAUUUCCAACACCUUGGGAGCCCUGACGAUUGGUGUGCUGGCCAACUUGUACUCUCGGCUGAGCCGUCCAGCCGAAAACUUCUGGCUGGACCUGAAGAUGCGCAAGGUGAACCGAGAUCUGGAGAAGGGCAUUGCGAAGGCGAACGAGGACCCCGAGACAACCGCUCGGCGCGUGGGCUAUGGAUUGGCGGCAGCAGCCAUGCUGCCUGCGAUCUUCGUACAGGUACCUAGUGGCCUGGCCUCCGGCGGGUCUCUCGUCUCAGGCGUGACGAGCGCCAACGCGAUCACAGGGAACAAGACGGCGGCAGCCUCGACGAUGGGGGCGUCUGACCUCAAUACAGGUGCAUUCACGGUGCUUCUCAGCGUUAUACAGGUGGCGAUUAGCAUAUCAGUGGGACUUGGACUCGCGGCGUUACUGGUUUAUCCCUUCGGAAAGAGAAGGAGCGGGUUGUUUUCUUUUUAG